UGGAUGUAAAUUUUCUAAUAAAAUUCAAUCAAUUUCAACUUUGGCGCAAAACACAAAAACUCAAAAAUUCAUCAGCUAAAAAAACGCACUAUCUCUCUCCUUUUCUCUCUCCAAAAAUCACUUCUUUCUCUAAUGGCGGACAUUGAGCCUCCAUCAUUCUCCUUAGGCCUAGACUUAGACUUCGAGCCCUCACAAAAUCACCCGCCCAUCUGGGGGUUGCCGACCCCCAAAAUUCCUGGAGCAGUUGAGCUCCAUCAAAAAGGAAAAGAAAAGGUAAAAGAACUUGAAGAUUACGACGAGUUUGAGUUGCGAGUAUCCGACUCCGAACCCGAAUCACCGGAAAUAUCGGCCCGGUCUCUUCUCCUUCGUCUUCGCCGUGGUGGGCCAUCCUUUCCAAAGCCUAUUUCUACCCCCAUUUUCAAUUCUGUAGAUGAUGAUAUUGAGGAAUUUUCUGACGAGGAAAUUGCCCGAACAACAGAUGAUUUUCCGGCACCUCAACACCAUUCUUCGUGUAGCAGUUCAAAGUUGCCCUUAUCUGGAUGUGGGGUUUUGGUGAGACAACAGGAAAGUGAUGUAAACAAUAGAAAAGGAAAACAAGAUUCGAGCUGCCCCUCUACAAGUUUAGGUUCAAAUAAGGGAAAAGCUGUGUUUCCAAACUUGACCGCAAGCCCCCUACGAAGGUUUCAGCUACUUGAUUCUGAAUCAGAUCCUGAUGAUCCAUCAGAUGUACACAUUGACAGGGAAGCUAGCAGAGUUGACUUUUCAAAGAACAACAAACAAAAAGAAUACGAUAUUCGAGCAAGAUUCAAGCUACUUGAUUCUGAAUCAGAACCUGAUGAUUCAUCAGAUGUACACAUUGAUAGGGAAGCUAGCAGAGUUAACUUCUCAAAAAGCAAUGGACAAAAAGAAUACAGUAUUGGAGAAAGAUUUAAGCUACUUGAUUCUGAAUCAGAACCAGAUGAUCCAUCAGUUGGUGAACGCGUUGACAGGGUAUCUAAUGGGGUUGAACUUUCCAAAAACAUUGAACAGAAAGAAUUCAACCACGGAAGCCAUAGAAUGUCCCUUGAAAAAAAUACAGAUUUGUUGCCUCCUAUUUCACAGAAGCAGGAUCUGUGGAAAGAUUUUUGUGUCAGUGAUAAGUGUGCUGUACAGACCCCUGUUUUUGAUGAACUUUGCAAAGAAUAUUUCCAAGCUGUAAAAUCAAGCAAGCCAGCUCCAGGUUCUCACAAGUUCUGUUCAAGUACACAGGAAUUAAGCAUGAACGAUGCCAAUAUAAUAUUGCAACACCAAGAUUCAGGAUCUGUUUUUCCUCCAUCUCACCAUUACUUUUUUCAUAUUGAUUUGAGGAUCCAGAGAUUAGUCCGCAGUCGUUUACCUCACUUUUUCCCAUUGACUGCUACUGAUGCCGGAUCAAAAUCACAUAAGGCAUCAUCUAUAGAUUACAUGAGUCAAUUCGGUCAGGAUGAUGGUAAUCGGCAAACUGGCAGAAAAGUCUCUUUAGAGAAAAGUUCCAGAAGGGGAAGAAAGAAAUCUAAGAACUCUAGUAUAGAAGAAACAUCCAUUGAUUCUGGAAACUGGAUUAAUCCCAAACAGACAGCCAGCACCAGCACUCCAACAGAUGCUGCCAGGAGACGGAUUCAUGCUGAUGGUCAAUCUGCUGGUCAGUGGCUUACAGAAAAUGGAAGGAAGGUGUAUAUCACCAAAAAUGGAAAAGAACUGACAGGUCGACUUGCUUACAGACAUUAUAGAAAGGAAAGCGGAAGAAGUUUUAAGAAGAUAAAAAAGAAGGGUGCUGCGAAGAAAAAGUGAAAGUUUCAAGCUGUUGAGCUAGCAAUGUAGUACUCCUGCAUUAAUCUUCUGUUCUGUGAUCUUUCCUGUGUUUUUUCUAAUUACCAAUCACAUUUUGCGGGUUAGAUGUACAGUAGUACUACUCGUAUUUACUAACAUUUAUGCAUAUGUUUCAAAUUUGUAUAACAGGGCUGAGUUUUGUUGGUAAAAAUGUUCAUACAUUUCUGAAA